AAUAGUAUUUGAGCUACAUUUCAACAUGAUUUUUUCUACACAGAUCGCACAAAAGAACUGACCACUGAUAUUAUCGAAGGGUUUGUUCCAUUGGUUGAGACGGCCUCAGUCAAGGAAAGACGUGUUCUGUGUUCUCAGCCUCACCUCACACACCUCCUUAAUAGCAUCGCUUCUUUCAUUCCUUCCGUUCCGUUUCAUCAUCUUCAUCAAACCACCAUAGCAUGAUCUCUUCCUUCGCAGACUCAGGAUCUCUCAUGUGGGGAAUGCAUCUGGAGUUUCAGUAGGAAUCCUUGAUCCUUUCAUUCUGUUGCACCAAAAAAAUUAUAUUUGAUGCUUAGAAAUAUAAGGAGAGCUUUUCGAUCUGUUCGUACUCACAAUAGCAGAUACCUGGAAGCGAGUAAAAAUGGGCCAAUUGUCGCAGUUGGACCGAAUAUCCACCACUGCCGGUUGUACGUGCAAUAUAAGUUUCCUGGUGAAGCACGCAGUGCAUUCUUGUGGCAUGGGACAAGGGAAGCCUUUCAUAAAUGCUGUUCUUUUAGGAAGUUUUCUGUAGCCUCAGCAAGCAAUACAGUCACACAUGAUUCUCAGAUUGCUUUGAAAAGGCUGUACAGAAAGUAUUGUUCCAGUGGUGAUGCUACACCUACCGUAAAUAUGAUUGCGCAGGCAGUGAGCUUGGCUUUAGCUCGUUCUUAUCUGUUAGUUCCUGGUAUUUUGGCAUUUACAAGUGGAGAGCUUGCAUUUGCACAGCGAAAUUGGGCAGAUGCAGAACGGUACCCAUCACAGAAUGCUUUGUACAUGCGUGCACAAGAUGGGUAUAAUUACAUGUUUACAUUUACAUUCAUAAUAGUUGAAGGACUUAUCUUAUUAGUGAGGGCACUCUAUCUAGCAAUAUUAUUCUCUCCUAGCAUUGUGAUGGCACCAUUUGCAGAUAGUUUUGGACCAAAGUUUAGGAAACUGUGGCUCCAUGUUGUUCAUCGCACACUAGAAAAAUCAGGGCCAGCAUUCAUAAAAUGGGGUCAGUGGGCAGCUACGCGGCCUGAUCUCUUUCCUCGAGAUUUAUGCACUAAGCUUUCGGAACUUCAUACUAAAGCUCCAGAGCAUAGUUUCAGCUACACAAAGAAAACUAUAGAAAAAGCAUUCGGUCGAAAAAUUUCUGAAAUUUUUGACAAUUUUGAAGAACUUCCUGUAGCAUCUGGAAGCAUCGCUCAAGUGCACCGUGCUUCUUUAAAAUAUCGUUAUCCUGGUCAGCAAGCAAAGCCACUGGUGGUUGCGGUAAAGGUUAGACAUCCUGGUGUGGGAGAGUCAAUCAGGCGGGAUUUUGCUAUCAUUAAUUUGGUGGCAAAAGUUUCAAAAUUCAUUCCUGCCCUUAAUUGGUUAAGAUUAGAUGAGAGUGUACAACAAUUUGCAGUUUUCAUGAUGUCUCAAGUUGACCUUGCGAGGGAAGCUGCCCAUUUGAGUCGCUUUAUUUAUAAUUUCCGUAGAUGGAAGGAUGUUUCUUUCCCCAAGCCUGUCUAUCCACUAGUGCACCCCGCUGUUUUGGUAGAAACAUAUGAGAAGGGUGAGAGUGUCGCGUAUUAUGUUGAUGAUCUUCAAGGACAUGAACGGCUUAAAUCUUCUCUUGCUCAUAUUGGGACUCACGCACUUCUGAAAAUGCUUCUGGUGGACAACUUCAUUCAUGCUGACAUGCAUCCUGGAAAUAUCCUUGUUCGAGUGGGUCAGAGCAAGUCGCGAAAACGGCUCUUCAAAUCAAAGCCUCAUGUAGUUUUCCUUGAUGUGGGCAUGACUGCCGAACUCUCUGGUAGUGAUAGAAUAAAUUUACUGGAAUUUUUUAAAGCUGUUGCGCGCCGAGAUGGUCGGACUGCUGCAGAAUGUGCCCUCAACUUGUCAAAGCAACAAAACUGUCCAAAUCCUGAUGCCUUCAUUGAGGAAGUGGAAGAAUCGUUUACUUUUUGGGGCACCCCAGAAGGUGACCUGGUUCAUCCUGCGGAGUGCAUGGAGCAAUUACUUGAGAAAGUUAGGCGUCACAGAGUUAAUAUUGAUGGCAAUGUUUGUACUGUCAUGGUGACAACCUUGGUUCUUGAGGGUUGGCAGCGAAAGCUUGAUCCUGGUUACAAUGUGAUGCAGACACUGCAGACGCUGUUACUUAGAGCUGAUUGGGCAAAAUCUCUUUCUUACACAAUUGACGGACUCAUGGCCCCUUGAGGAGGAAGUUUCUUUCUUUGUUGAGGCUCUUGAGAAACAAUUUUGACUAACAUAAAACCCUAAACAAACACAUCUGUCUUGAUGGCUCUCCCACAUUUUUUUGUUUUAUUUUAAUUUUUGAAAGUUUAUCCCCUGUAUUCAUCUUGGUUAAUUACCAAGUUAUUUUUGUUGUGAGCAUCAUAGUUUACCAGAAGAGUGGAAGUAGAAGUAAUAAAACGGUGAAUAUACGUUUAAUGCCCUCUGCAUAUUUCUUAUUAAAGUGAAAUGAACAAAAAGCUGGUCUUAAAUGGCGAGUUGAUACUCAAAUAACUAAUUUCUUAUUUUCUUAGUA